GACUUUAUCUAUAUCAAAAUGUCAUCAAUCUCCAACAACCCAGACUUUUCAUCCAUUGAUCCAGCAGUUUUAAUGUCAUUGCUCAUGAAAUCUUCUGGUUCACUUCCAACACCUCCAGAUACUCAUUCCGAUGGAUCUGAAUCUCCAGACUCCACAGCUUCAGAUUCUUCUGAUAAGAAGAGACGCCGGAAGCCAGAAUCUAAAGACAUUGUCCGUGUUGCCGAAGAAGCCGAAGCCGCUGCUGCCACGUGUUCAUCGAUUCCAUCAUCUUCAGAUACAAAAGAAAACGAAACAGAAGAAGAUCAGAAUAUGACUUGUGACACGACAACAAACAAUGCACAGAAACCAACUGAACAGACCGCCACCUCCGCAGAUGUCGUCACCUCAUCAGUUCCAAGUGGCCUCGAAGGAGUUCCGUCGUUCCUCUUCUCGCAAUUUAUGGCUCCAUCCUUCCAAAAACAGCUUGAAAUUUUUACAUCAGGAAAUAUGAUGAGCGCCACACACUCUGACACAUCACCUUCCGAUGUCGACUCAGUUUUGGAUGGUGGUGUCGUGACAGCAGAGGAGACGUCGUCGUCAAAGAGCCCAAUGAUGACAUCGUCGGAUACUCCAAAGACUCCAUUAACUGCUUCAAGCCCACCACACUCAUCUGGAUCAGAAUCUCGAGUUAUGUCUCCAAUUACACAUACAAAUAUCAGUGAUGAACUUUCAAUCUCUACAACUCCAACAGUUGCAUUUACUCCAAACGGAUCAAUUCCAUCACCUGGUACUGGUUACUCAUGGAGCAUCAGACGUGAAGGCAAACUGGCUUGUCCAACACCUGGAUGUGAUGGAUCAGGACAUCAGACAGGACUCUACACUCAUCACAGAAGUUUGUCCGGAUGUCCACGUAGACCAGACAAGACUGUUAUCCAAAUGCUUGCUCUCCGACAAGACACCGUGCUCCGAUGCACCACAGCCGGAUGCUCUGGAAAGGGACAUGUCAAUGGAAAUAGAACAUCUCACCGUAGUCUCUCUGGUUGUCCAAUUGCCCAUCAGGAAAAGCUUGCACGGAAGGGAAUUAAGACAACACCACAACGCACGAAAACUCCAAUUAAGGGAAUCAGUAUUUCUGAUGAAUGUCCACUUGACUUGACACUUUCUGGACUUCCAGCUGGAUUGUCAGCUCAGCAAUUGUUGGCUGCAGCACAAGCAGGACUCAUUCCAUCAAGUCAAAUGAUGGAUGCUCUCUUCCAACAAUUCUCUCAAACACAACCACUUGCUACAUUGGAAGAGGAGUCAAAGAAAGAGAACGAGAUGGAAGUUGACGUUGAAACAACAUCAGAUGAUAUUCCAACUCUUAUUAAAGAAGAAGAAGAAGUUAAAUGCGAGUCACCUGUUCCAUCCGUGAUCCCAGAGAUUCAAUCAACACCAUCAAGACCUGUUGCUGCUCCAGUUGCUCCUGGCUCCGCGGAAAAGAGCUCCCCAACAUCUCAAAUGCUCCUUCAAAUGCCUGGAUUCUCGGAGGCUCUUCUCAAAAUGACUGCCCCACAAGUGCCAUUCCCUCAGUAUUCCCCACAAGCGGCUCUUUUCGGAAAUCAAAGUGCUCUACUUGCUCAAAUCAUGCUGACACAAUUGCAAAUGCAGCAAGGGUUUUAAGUUUUUAAAAAAUCGUAUUUAUUUCUAGUUUUCACAUUACCGAUUGAUUCACAUUUGUGUUCAGAAACUCAAUACAUUCCUUCUUUAUUCAAA